UAGUAGCAGCUGCAUAGGCAGCUGUUGGUAUCUCACUACCACAUCCACAGAGACUGUCAGUGGAUGGAGGUAGAAGGGAUGGCUCCAGAGCUUAGCUUCAAGUAGUUAGAUUCUAGGGACUAAAGCUUUCCUAAAAAUUGUGCUGCCUGCCCUGGUAGCUCUUUCCACUAAUCUGUGUUAUGUUGUGCUUGUGUGUAGUUUAUGCAGUAGUGAAUCUUGCCUCACAAACCUUUUGGAGUUCUUUGAGAGUGUAAACAAGUAUGUGGAUAAAGGUGAUCCAUUUGACAUAGUCUACCUGGACUUCCAAAAAGCUUUCGACAAAGUUCCUCAUCAAAGACUCCUGAGAAAACUUAACAGUCAUGCGAUAAGGGGACAAGUAUAUGUGUGGAUUGCUAACUGGUUGAAGGACAGGAAACAGGUAUAAAUGGAGAGUUUUCACAAUGGAGUGAAGUAAGAAUUGGGGUCCCCCAGGGAUCUAUACUGGGACUGGUGCUUCUAAUUUAUUCAUAAAUGAUCUAGCAGUAGAGGUAAGCCAUGAGUUAGCCAAACUUGCAGAUGAUAACCAAACACUUUUGGGUAGUGAAAUCCAAUACAGAUUGUGAGGAGUUCCAAAAGGAUCUCUUCAAACUGCGGGAGUGGGCAACAAAAUGGGAAAUUGCGGUUCAGUGCUGGCAAGUGUAGUGAUGUACAUUGGGUCAAAAAAUCCCAGCUUCAAGUAUACGCUGAUGGGAUAUGAGCUGUCAGUGACUGACCAGGUGAGGGAUCUUGGGGUCGUGGUGGACAGCUUGUUGAAAGUGUCGACUUAAUGUGCGGCAGCUGUGGAAAAGGCCAAUUCCAUGCUAGGGAUCAUUAGGAAGGGGAUUGAAAAUAAGACUGCUAAUAUUCUAAUGCCCUUAUACAAAACUAUGGUGUGGCCAUACCUGGAGUACUGCGUACAAUUCUGGUCACCACAUCUAAAGAAGGACACUGUAGAACUGGAAAAGGUGCAGAAGAGGGCAACAAGAUGAUUAGGUGCGUAGAGCACCUUUCUUAUGAGGCAAGGCUACAACACCUGGGACUAUUUAGUUUAGAAAAAAGAUGACUAUGGGGAGGCAUGAUGGAGGUCCAAAAAUGCAUGGUGUGGAGAAAGUGGAUAGAGAGAAAUUCUUCUCCCUCUCACAUAACACUAGAACAGGGGUCAUCCCAUGAAAUUGAUUGCCAGGAAAUUUAGGACCAACAAACGGAAGUACUUUUUCACACAACCCAUAAUCAACUUGUAGAAUUUUCUGCCACAAGAUGUGGUGACAGCCAACAACAUGGAUGGCUUUAAGAGGGGUUUGGAUGACUUCAUGGAGGAAAUGUCUUUCAACGGCUACUAGUCGGAGGGCUAUAGGUCACCUCCAGGCUCAAAAGCAGGAUGCCUCUGAGUACCAGUUGCAGGGGAGUAACAGCAGGAGAGAGAGCAUGCCAUCAACUCCUGCCUGUAGGCUUCCAGUGGCAUCUGGUGGGCCACUGUGUGAAACAGGAUGCUAGACUAGAUGGGCCUUGGGCCUGACCCAGCAGGGCUGUUCUUAUGUUCUUAUGAAAUGUUCUGGGGCACUUUAUAUACUCCAGGCUGAGUUUAGGUUCAGAUUAAGCCCCAGGCGUUUCUUACAGAACAUCUCCCAUGGUUAGGACCAGAGGUGGGAGGGAGGAACAUUGCUGUUUUUCAUAGAAUGUUUUGUACGUACUCUCAGUGCUUCUCAUACAUUCACUUGGAAAUCCUUACAGUAACCCUUUAAAAUAGACCAGUAUGGUGUUUAUUUUUAUAUUACAGAUGAGAACUUAAACCUGAAAGAAAGUGGCCUAUUUUAGCCCACUUAGUGGGCUCUUAGUUAAGGUGAGAGAUGAAUUAGGGACUCUAGCUCACUGCCCAUGCUCUUUUAUUUUAGGGUGUUUUAGUUUGUUGCCACUUUUCCUACCAAAGGGUUCUCAAAGCGCUUUGCAUAGUGAAAGCAAUAAGAAGAUGGUUCCCUGUCCCAAAGUGGCUCACAAUCUUAAAAAGAAAUGCAAGGAAGGCACUAGCAAGAGCCACUGGAGGAACACUGUGCUGGGGUUGAAAAGCAUCGUUGCUAUCCACUCUGCUAAAUAUAAACAAGCUACCACUUUCAAAGGUUCCUCCUUGCCCAGUCAGCAGGGGUUUAACACUGUUUACACCAACUCUGAAUGCUGUUUGAGAGGUUUGAAUCUGAGGUUUGAGAGGUUUUGUUCUAGAAAGAGCCUCUUACCUGGAACAUCUUUGCAAUCAGUAAUGUAGCACCAGUGUUGUCAAACUCUAUGGGAAACACAUUUUGGAAGUUGGUGUACAUUGGGGACAUCUACACUCUGCUGUUCACACCAUAUAACUGGCUAAGAGAUACAUAUUUAAUCAUCAUCAUCAUAAUUGUGUCCUUUUAUAAAUAUUCCCCAUCAUGUGUGCCCUGAGAGGAAGGCAUGAAAGGAGGUGCCCAGGCCAGAGGAGGGCAUAACAUCGGCCCCCAUAGAGAACAGCACUGGCCUGUGAGGACUGUUGGGGCAGCCCCCCACCCCUUCCCACAAGUACUGAAAGACCAGUGUGCCCUGAGAGGAAGGCAAUAACGGAGGCAUCCAAGCCAGGGAGCUCUUGUCCUCGGCUCCUGAAAAGACCAACAGCCUGAGACAAUGUUUUAUGAACAUUCGAGCUGAAGUUUUGCUCAUUGGACUACGUACGUGUGAGUGUGUGUGUUUGAGAGAGAGAAGGAACUCACAACAACUGGGUUCCUUACCCAACAUGUUCUGCCACCCCUGCCAGGCUAUAAUCUCCGACGGCCUCCUUACCUACUUCCAAAUGUUGUCAGCACUUGCUUCUCAAUCAAGCCUGCCCUGGAAUGAGGACAUUGAUUUAAUUGACAUCCUUUGGAGACAGGAUAUCGACCUUGGAGCUGGGCGUGAGAUUUUUGACUAUAGCCACCGCCAGAAGGACAACGAAGUGGACAAAGAACCGAGUAAUGGGCAGGAGUGUGGGGAUGGCUGGAGGAGCAGAGGGGGCGACGCCGCUGACAGGGCCUUGCUAGUGGAUGGCGAAACAGGGGAGAGCUUCCCUGCACAGGUGCCUGGUGUGGAGGACCAGACAGCCUUGUCCUUGGAAGAGUGCCUUAGGCUGCUGGAGGCCACAUUUCCCUUUGGGGAGAAUUCGGAGUUUCCAGCUGCAGAUGCCCCCAGCCUAACCGAAGCUGUGCCUAGUGAGAGUGGACCUUCUGUUGUCCCAGAUGGGCUCCUGUCUCCUCUUCUGACUGAGACAGAGUUGCCCUUUGAUCUGGAGCAGCAGUGGCAGGACCUCAUGUCUAUCAUGGAAACGCAGGGUAUGGAGGUGAACAGCACAGCAGCUACAGAAACCCUGUACAACAGCACAGGUGGAGACAUCCUGACGGCCAACUUUAGCCUUGCCCCAUCUACCCCCAUCAACCAGAAUGUCAGCCUGCAUCAGGCGUCGCUGGGCGGCUGUACACAGGACUUCCCUUCCCUGUUCAGCUCUGAAAUUGAGAGCCCCUCAGCGGCUGGCAGCUUGUUGCAGCUGGUUCCCGACAACUCCACUGGUUUCAACACCACAUUUGGCUCUACCAACCUGAGUGGGAUUUUCUUCCCUCCCCAACUAAAUGGCACCGUGAAUGAGACAUCUGGGCCUGACCUACCAGAUCCUCUUGGAGGUCUCCUGGAUGAAGCCAUGCUAGAUGAGAUUAGUUUGAUGGACUUGGCUAUUGAAGAAGGUUUCAACCCAGUGCAAGCCUCCCGUCUGGAGGAGGAGUUUGAUUCAGACUCUGGGCUCUCCUUGGACUCUAGCCACAGCCCUGCUUCUCUCAGCAGCUCAGAAGCAUCAUCGUCAUCAUCCUCUUCAGCCUCUUCAUCCUUUUCCGAGGAAGGUGCUGUAGGCUACAACUCAGACUCUGAAAAUGUGGACUUUGAAGAUGCAGAAGGGGCUGUUGGGUACCAGCCAGAGUACAAUAAGUUCUGUCGCAUGAGCUACCAGAACCCUUCUCAGUUGCAUUAUCUGCCUUACCUGGAGCAUGUGGGUCACAACCACACCUACAAUAUGGCCCCCAGGACCUUAGACACCGAUGAGCCCCAGCCAGCCAGCAUGGGGAAGAAGAGUGCCAAGGAUAAGCAGGCAGACUUCCUGGAUAAGCAGAUGAGCAGAGAUGAGCACCGGGCCCGAGCCAUGAAGAUCCCUUUCCCCAAUGAGAAAAUCAUCAACCUCCCUGUGGAGGAAUUCAAUGAACUCUUGUCCAAGUACCAAUUGAGUGAGGCCCAGCUUAGUCUCAUCAGGGACAUCCGGAGGCGAGGUAAGAACAAGAUGGCUGCCCAGAACUGCCGUAAGAGAAAGCUAGACACUAUCCUCAACCUGGAACGGGAUGUGGAGGACUUGCAGAGAGACAAGUCGAAGCUGCUCAGGGAGAAGGUGGAAUUCCUCAGGUCCAUCCGCCAGAUGAAGCAAAAAGUGCAGAGCCUGUACCAGGAAGUGUUUGGCCGCUUGCGCGAUGAGAAUGGUCAGCCCUACUCCCCGAAUCAGUAUGCCCUACAGUAUGCCAGCGAUGGCAGCGUUAUCCUAAUACCACGUUCCCUUGCUGACCAGCAGGGCAGGCGGCAAGAGAGGAAACAGAAAGAUAGAAGGAAGUGAGAGAUGAUGAAUGUUGGCAGGAGAGUGCAAAACUCACUGAAACUACAUCCUGGAGAAGGGCUGAGCCCCGAAGAAUUUGAAGGAACUUUCAAGCCUUCUUAUCCAAUAUAUCUUCUCAAACCAUGAUAGCUGCCAGUCAGUGUAUAGGAGCAGACUGCUGGGCAGGGGGCCUGCACGCCUUGAGGGGCAGAAUGGCAAAGCAUGUUGGGAAAGACCUGAGCCCCCCAGCAGCCUGAAACCCAUUGUUGAACAUUGGGGUGGGGGGGAAGGGGAACUAGCUGGCAUAAUGUUUGUUUGGGGAGGGGGGGGUUGAGUCUCAGCAGAGGGUAGAAAAGUUGAAAUGUGUUAAGCUGGAUUUAUUAUUAUUUUUUAGAUAAAAGGAAAAGAGGUUUAAGUGGACAGACUGAGCAAGCUUAAGAGAACAUUUUUUUCUUUGAACUUCCAAAACUUGGAUAUUUCAGGUAGCUGGUUUUUUUCAGAACCAGUUUUGACAUCGGUUCUGUGCAAUUGGAAAAUAUAACCAAAUCCCAGUUAGCCAAUGUCCCUAGUUAUGUAUAUGUGUGCAAAUCCAGGUGGAACACACAAAAUGGUAUUUUAUUUAGGGGAUAAGAGCAAAUAUGUUUUAACCCUUUUCAGCUUGGGAGAAAAUUUUUUACUAAAGGAGUUAAAAGUACAGUCUUUCUACUAGGACUUAAGCAUCUGCCAUAAAUGGUGUGAAGGUAGGACUGGAAAGGGUUAAUAGAACAAAUAUGGUGACACAUCUUCCCACUACCCCUAUCUUCACCAACUAAAAACUCACUAAGCAUGUCACUGCCCACACCAAGAAGCCAGUAUCAUGCUGGGCCACCACCAAGAUGCAUUCAAACAAGAUGGCGCACAGUAAACUGCAUGCUAUAAUGCCAUCUUUCCCACUGACUUGGAGACUUCUUUGAGUAAAAAUGUGUGUGGGCCAGAUGUGAAGCCUGCCCCCUCACCCAGUUGAGGCUUCAAAAUGUGUGUUGGGGGUCUGGUAUAUGUGGUCACCACCACUUGGUCUACAGCACAAUGGGUUUUGCUCCCAUGAAGUGGGCAUGUUGCAUAGAGAGAAUGAACAUCUAUGGAGAAUCCCCAUCUUAAUGGGCACUCUUAUUUUAUUUUUUCCAGAGCACUGUGCUUCUGUGUCUUUCCCUGCCCCCCAUGUAGGGCUGUAGGAUGAAUUCGUAGUACGCAUGUAAGAAAGGGAGAUGUUUCCCUCAGGUGAUUUAAGGCUGCUGAAAGUUCUUUCUGACAUAAAGAAUUAACUGCGUGGUUCCACAGCUGGCUUCCCUUCUGUUCUUGGGUGUCAUUCCAACUUCUUUCCCCUUCCUCCCCCCUUUAGAAAAAAAAAUAAGGCGAAGGGUGAGGGUAGUGCCUUGAACACAGCUGGCCUCAAGCUCCGAGGCAAUCCUCGAGGCUGUUAACUUGCAGUAUAGCACAGCUGGGAGUAUUACUGACCUUACCAGCAAUUGAGCUAAAUGGCUUUGGUUUUUCCCAGCCAGUCAGUCCUGUGUAUGUGAUGGUGUGUGCGGGUGUAGCACUGAAAUGGGCAUCCUUCAGAGGGUUGAAGGGGUAUGAAGCACUGUUUGUGGUAGAGGGCAGACUUUGCAACCAGGUGUUCCACAAUAUUGUUUUCUCAAGGCCAUGAUUUAUUGUAGGGGAAGACUAGAGUGGGUGGGAAGUGAACGAAUGUUGAGUAUCUUCCCAUCUCUUGCUCCUGCGGUUCAACAGCAUGAAACUUGAAGCACAAAACAUGUUGGAGCUGCAGCUGGGUUGCUGAGUGGUUAGGAUGUGGAGCCCUGAUGUGUGCAUGUGUUAAUUUAUUUUUUCCUUAAGAGAUUUUAUUUUGAAUGGUUUCUAUGACCUGUUGGGGAGAGGAGAGAAAGUGUGAGCGUGUGAGCACAGGACAAAAAUAAAAUGGCUUAUUAACUAUG